AAUUGGCAUACUCUCAAACAACCAUUUUUAAAAGGACAUGUCUCCCUCGUUUCUCCUGCUACGAGCAGCUAUCACAAUACGUCACAUACAAACCGUUUACUUUGAUAAUGACAAAAUUGCGUUGUUCUACUGUUCAUCCAUCAUCAACAUAUUCCCCUAUCCAAUCAAUAAUUUCCAUCCCCUUUUCUUUCAUUUUGAUUCGUUCCCAAAUCACAUUACCAAUCGAUUCCUCAUACCAUGGAAAUUGAUCAAGUUGAGGAAAACCCUAACUGGCUUUUCGAUUAUGGAUUGAUGGAUGAUAUCUCCGCCGCUGACUUCACCGCUCCGCCACCGUCGGCCGUUGGUUUUACUUGGCCUUCGACGGCCAUCACCUGCUCAGCAUCAGUACCUGCUGUAAGUGUUGAGAUUGAAAGCUCAUUUAUCGAUUUUGAAGGCUUUAAAGGAACAGCAUCACGCAAACGGUUAAAGUCUGAAUCUUGCAGCAAUGUUUAUGGGUCGAAAGCAGGACGUGAGAAAUUGCGUAGAGAUAGGAUGAAUGAGAGGUUCUUGGAAUUGGGUUCGAUUCUUGAACCUGGAAGGCCACCGAAAACGGAUAAGACUGCAAUCUUGAACGAUGCUAUUCGAAUGAUAGCACAGCUUCGAAAUGAAACGGAGAGGCUUAAUGAGUCAAAUGUUGAUUUGCAGGAAAAAAUUAAGGAAUUAAAGGCUGAGAAGAACGAACUCCGUGAUGAAAAGCAGAGGCUAAAAGCGGAUAAAGAGAAGCUCGAACAACGAGUCAAAUCCAUGAGCGGUCAACCUGGCGGCUAUCUGACACAUCACACCGCCAUGCGGGCGGCAUUUGCCGCCCAAGGACAAGCUUCCGGAAACAAAUUGAUGCCGUUUGUCGGUUACCCUAGUGUUGGCAUGUGGCAGUUCAUGCCAUCUUCGGUGGUCGACACCUCACAGGAUCACGUCCUUCGACCUCCAGUCGCGUAAUUUAUCUGACCUUUCUGGUUUGUUUUUUUUUCUUCCAUCUUGAUUAUGUAUUAUAAAAUGAUGAUGAUGAUGAUGAUACACUUUGUUAUUGUUCUUGAAUUUUUGUGUGGUUUGAAAAGGUUUGUGAAGGAAGAAUGUGUACGAAUUGGCGAUAGAAUUCGCCUUUCUUGCUAUCUUGAUGUAAUAUAUAUAUCUAAAUUACUGUUUGAUUUGGGAAAUAAAAUCAUAACUGUGACUAUGGAA